GAAAGAAGCGAUAGUAUAAAUUAGUUCUUUGUCAUAAACGAUAAUUUCCAGGUAAGAUUAAGGAUAAAACAAAAAGCUUAGAAUAGCAAUUUAAAACACGAAUUCAACGUACGAUCCACCACAAUCCUCGUCGUCUUUCAAACACAAAAUUCCGAAAUUAACCUUACCUUCUUCUUUCCUUAAGAAAUCAAAACCAAGUCCUCAUCUUUUUUUUUUCUAUGGUCGCAAUUAUCUCUAUCUAAAAUCUUCUUGUGUAUACGCUAAUCUUAUUUUCACGAAGCAUUUAUUACCAAAAGGUUCUCUCUUUUUUUGUUUGUUUGUGUUUUGUGUGAAUGACUCGUCGGUGUUCGCAUUGUAGUAACAAUGGGCACAAUUCACGCACGUGUCCAACGCGUGGUGGUGGCACGUGCGGUGGAAGUGGCGGAGGUGGUGGAGGUUCUUGUUCCUCCUCCACCGUGAAGUUAUUCGGCGUAAGGUUAACGGAUGGGUCGAUUAUUAAAAAGAGUGCGAGUAUGGGUAAUCUCUCGGCAUUGGCUGUUGCGGCGGCGGCGGCGACGCACCACCGUUUAUCUCCGUCGUCUCCUCUGGCGACGUCAAAUCUUAAUGAUUCGCCGUUAUCGGAUCAUGCCCGAUACUCUAAUUUGCAUCAUAACGAAGGGUAUCUAUCUGAUGAUCCUGCUCAUGGUUCUGGGUCUAGUCACCGUCGUGGAGAGAGGAAGAGAGGUGUUCCUUGGACUGAGGAGGAACACAGGCUAUUCUUAGUAGGUCUUCAGAAACUCGGGAAAGGAGAUUGGCGCGGUAUUUCGAGAAACUAUGUAACUUCAAGAACUCCUACACAAGUGGCUAGUCAUGCUCAGAAGUAUUUCAUUCGCCAUACUAGUUCCAGCCGCAGGAAAAGACGGUCUAGCCUAUUCGACAUGGUUACCGAUGAGAUGGUUACCGAUUCAUCGCCAACGGAAGACCAGAGUCAUCAGACCUUAAACCGUUUCUCUCCAAGCAAGGAACCUGAAAACAAAAUCUACCUUCCUUCACUUGAGCUCUCACUAAAUAAUACCACGGAAUCUGAAGUGGUCGUAGCCACGGCGCCACCACAGGAAAAAACUGAAGAAACUAUAGAACCAUCAAAUGGGGUUUCACCAAUGGUAGUCCCGGGCGGCUUCUUUCCACCUUGUUUUCCAAUCACUUACACAAUUUGGCUACCUGCGACUUCCACUUCACUUCAUGGUACAGAACAUGCCUUAGAAGCUGAGACUUCUUCUCAGCAGCAUCAGGUCCUAAAACCAAAACCUGGAUUUGCUAAAGAACGUGUGAACAUGGACGAGCUGGUCGGUAUGUCUCAGCUUAGCAUAGGAAUGGCGACAAGACACGAAAGUGAAACUUCCCCUUCCCCUCUAUCUUUGAAACUAGAGCCCUCAAGGCCAUCAGCGUUUCACUCAAACGGCUCGGUUACUGGCGCAGAUUUGAGUAAAGGCAACAGCGCGAUUCAGGCGAUCUGAAAAGUCCUUGUUAUUGUGUUAAAGAAUGAAGAAGGAAGACCCUGACCGGAUUAAAUCAAAGGAUGUUCCUGGUUUAGGACGAAACAAUCCAAGCCAUAAGCCAUUAGAGAGAAUCAGAGAACAAGUACUUACAAUGAAAAAACAGAGCAAACUGUAACAAUAGACUUACCAAACAGUCAAACGCAUUUCUCAGCAUCGCGUCAUACUUACAUAAGCUAAGCGUAAUUUACAAUUUUACUCUUCAUUUUAAUGUUUUAAGGCAUAUAAUUUAGAGAAUCGACAAUAAGAAAUGUUACAAAACAUAAA